AUGACUGUCGAACAACGUGCCACAUUUAAAAAGCUCGAAGAGGGAGAUGGGACAUUGAUACCUGUGUGGAAUCCCAAGGCUAGUCGUGAUGGUUUAGUUAGGAAUGAUAUAGGCUAUCGUGUACAAUGUAUCAUGAAGUAUAUAGGACGAGAUACAAAUCAGGAGACAGUUUUUGGACAUACGAAAGUCACUGUGCAAGAGAUAGAGGAUACACUAAUCACCAUUGCUGCUCAGAACGAAGGGUCCUCGGCUACUAUAAGAUCUCUUGCAGAUCCCAGUGAUAGAGACACCUGGGACCGUCUUGGGCAGAUAUACUCGAGGCUUCAAAGCUCUCAAGGAAAAUGGCUCACUCGUAUUAUCCAUAAAGACUUCGGAUUCCAGGUUCCAGUUGAUAUUUUAGUCACAGCAGUUCACACGAGUUUUCCUCGGGAUCUGGAGGUAAAGGCUAAGUUUGAUGUCAAGAAUCUUGUACCUAUUCGAAGGCGAGGUGAUACAGGAAUUAUUAUGCCCAGUGUCGUUCAACCAAAACGGUCCUUUACCAAAGAUCAAGGCAUCCAAACUCUACCAAUUCCAUCAGUCGCACGAUCAAACAAGUCCCUACAACUAAUUUCGCCUCCGUCAACAAGACGAUUAAGACCUCUCGUUUUGUCUGAUUCUGCAGCGUCGUCCCUAAAUGUUAUGCAGUCAUUACCACAACAGAUUCCGCUAAUAGGCUCUGAAAAUAUCGAGGUUCCUCAAAAGACACCGACUAGACCCACCCAUAGAUCUCGUCGGAUGUCCCUAGAGCAAUUAAGGUCUCUACAGAAAUCAAAGUCUCCUGAUCCUCUUGCCCAAACCAUCUUCACCGGCACUGGUCAAUGCAAACAAACAACCAGCUGUGUUUUCCAUAACGCAAUAUUUAUCCUGUCUCCCUGUAUCUCAUCCCACCUCUGGCUAAUCGACCUUCUCCAAUCCCACGGCGCCACCUACAUCACCUCCUUACUUCCCCUAACCCGCAAAGUCCUCCCAAAACGCUGCCCCAAAACUGGAAAAAGAGUCCGCAAGAUUGCCCUUAUUGAACAUGGCAGAAUAGAUCUAACAAUUGCUUUUAUGAAGCAAAUCGGUGCCCUGAAGCUCACGAGAUCAAAUGGUAAACGUGAUUGGAUAGAGACAUGUGAUUGGCGUUUACUGGAGAAAAUUUCUGGGUUAGAGAAAGGCAACGAGAGUGUCGAGGCUGAUAUCUGGGCACGUCAUCGCUUGGGUACAGUUUAG